GGCCCGCGCGGAAGUGGAAUCUCACGCCUCGAGGGCGAGGGCGAGGCAGAUGCAACGGCAACCGAUAGCGAGGUCGAGCUGACCCUCCUGCGGAUCGGCCGUCGUACAACGCUGUAGAUCUGUUCUGGGCGCGACCGCCGCCACUCGCCAGCCCGUCCCGGGCGCUUCCCGCAAACGUGUCGCGCAUGCGGAGCUUAUGCCGUUGCACUCGCCCUCUCUCCCCUUGGUCUCCCAUGAUUGCCGAGUAUGUACCACCGUGGCUGCGCGUCGACAUCUUCCCUUUCUCUCUCCUUGUGUGUCCCUUUCCUCUCGUCGUCGACUCUGUGACGCCGAGGAGCUGCUGCUGCUGCUGCUGCUGCGCUUGUCCGAUGCGAAUGCCACAGCAGCGCGAUGCGGAGUACUGUCAUCUUUGCUGGCCCCACAAGCCGUGGCGCCUUUUGUGUCAGUGUUCGGAGGCGCCUCCGGUUGAAAGUACGAGAGCUGGGCCCGGCCCGGCGAAGGAGUCUGACUUUGACGAUGGAAUAUGAGGGAGAAAUCAAGCCAGCUUUAUAGCAUUGUUGUAACUGAGACUAUGCCGCUUGGGCCCUAGGCAAUUUUCUAUCGCGGAUAGCUCGGAUCCCAU